AUGAAUUGACCAGAAGAUGGCAGUAUUGCGACACCAACGAAGAAGAAAAAGGAGGCGGCGAGGCGGAAGAAAACCAUAGAAGAAGAUCACGCGGUGUCCACUGUCCUCGUGUGUCGCUAUUAACUUGGUUCAUUUUAACGAGACAGCAGCUCCGUGGUUGUGUAUUCUUUUAUGGCAAAACAGUUGUCAUUGUAGGCUUUUUGCAAGGAAUUGGAAUUGUUAAUUCAGCAAAAAUAGUUAGGAACCGCCUAGCGGAGCCAAGUCGAGGUGCGUGGAGACCACCAUGAUCAAGGAGAAUCGUUGGAAUAUACCCCCCAAUGCUCCCGCAUGCAUGGAGAAGCAUCUGUGCGCGGCGCAGUACCGAGCAGAUGGCACCUUGUUGCUGGGUUCCUCCAGCCUGACUGGCAGGAGCUGGCAGGGCUCGGUGUGGAUCUACAGCAACCCCGAGCAGGCCCCUAACGAGGGCUUCUGCAAAGCCGGCGUGCAGACGGAGGCCGGGGUCACGGACGUCAAGUGGGUGUCCGAAAAGGGCGUUUUGGUGGCAUCAGAUGCGGGCGCCUUGGAGCUGUGGGAGCUGUCGGAGGACGAGCGCCUCCUGGUGAACCGCUUCACCAAGCACGAGCAUGAUCAUAUCGUCAGCACGGUGAGCCCCACGGCGGCGGCCAACAGCGUCGUCACCGGGAGCAUGGACUGCAGAAUCAAAGUGUGGGAUCUCAGCCAAGAGACGGUUGUCACCACAUACAGCGCGCACACCCAAGCGGUAACGUGUGUGGCCUGCAGUCCUACAGAGGAAUCGCUCUUCAUGUCCUGCGGUCAGGAUGGUCGAGUACUAAUGUGGGACGUGCGCAAGCCCAAUAAACCAGCUACCAGACUAGAGGCUCCCGGCAGCGUGCCCACCACAGCAUCCUGGCACCCCCACCACAGAAGCACCAUUGCUUUCGGUGACGAGCUGGGCAAAGUGACCGUGGAGGAUUUCCUGUCGACGGAGCCGCCUCGUGUGGAGAGCGUGCACCGGCGAGGAGUUACCGCGCUGGCCUUUUCCACGCACGGCGCUCCCUUGCUGGCCUCCAUCAGCGAGGAUUGUUCCCUCGCCGUUUUGAACUCGGACCUACAGGAAAUAUUUCGAGAUGGGCGCCACCAGGACUUUGUCAAGGGCGUGUGCUGGCUUCAUGGUGGCUCCAAUAAGCUCACUACGGUGGGCUGGGAUCACCUCGUGCUGCACCACACAGUGGAUCCACCAGAGGGCGCUCCAGGCUCAUGUUAACGCAACACUUGAUUUGUUCCACAGGGUUUCUCUAGAUCAGGGGUGGGCAAACUACGGCCCGGGGGCCACAUCCGGCCCGCCAAGUGUUUGAAUACGGCCCGCCCAAUCUUUCAAAAGUAUUUAAUUUAAACUCAACAUACAACCUGGCAUCAUGGCCUAAGCCAACCUUUUGAUGGUUGUAUCAAUUUCGUUGUUUGACAUGGUCUGUUGUUUACAAAGUGCUCCUGAAAAAAGAGACACAAGCACAUAAUAACAAUAAAAAUUAAAAUAAUAAUUAUUAUAUUAUUAUCAUAACUAUUAUGAUUAUAUUUAUUAUAUUAAUGCUAAUUAUUAUAUUAAUUUUAUAUAAUAAUAUUGUUAUAUUUGCAUAUUUUACAUAAUAAUAAUAUAAUAAUUAUUUUAUUUUAAUUAUUAUAUUUUAUUAUUUUUAAAAUAUUUAAAUAUAUAUAAAAUAAUAAAUAGCAGAUUGCAUGACAAUUUAACAGAUAAUUUUACAAUAAUACCAGGCGGACUGUUACGUGUAAAAUAUAUAGUCUGCCCCCCCCCUCUGGUUAUAUCAAUGCGGCCCACGAGUCAAAAAGUUUGCCCACCCCUGCUCUAAAUCGUUACCAAAUCAGAGCGCAAACCAGUAGAUUGAAUUUUUCAAAAUUAAUGUCCUUGGAAUAUUUCCCCCUGUAUGUAGUCAAUCUAUGUAAGACUUGAACUGGAAUACCAACUUUUGAGAAGCACGUGAUGAACGUUUAAGACAGCAGUUGUCCAGUUUCUUACCUGCUCCAGCUACGUUUGGACGUCUCUUGCGACGUAAAAAAGCAUUUUUUUCCCUGGAGUUACGGCUACUGUGUAUUUAUUUUUUUGCUCACCCGGCCUCGGUCUCACACCAAAACACCUUUUAUUUUUUUAUAGCUCAAAUAAAGGAUUUUUUUCCACAGCAA